CAGCAUGCGCUAGCAGGUUGACCAGUCCAACGCUCGAAUGCCAGCGGCAACCGGUCCUUGCUAGCGUCCAAUGCUUACCUAGACUCCUUAAUUUCAAGGGACGGAGAAGAUGUAGCUGCAUUAUCCAACGCCCUUGGCGGGUAGCAGUAGGGCGACAAGACCUAAGAUGCCACACGAAAGCUACUGCUGACUCAGCGGUCCCCGGAGGCACACCGCACAAUGGCAGGCCCGCGGGAGGUAGCGAGGCCCCGGGCAAGGGCUCCAGCUCCAUGCGCUUCCUGGCUCUCGUCAGUCUGGUGCUGCUGACGGGUGUCAGCAACCGCGUGUUGUACCGCGUGGCGCUGGUGCCGCUGCGACACCACAUCUUCCUGCUGGCUCAGCUGCAGAACCUGGGGUACCUGCUGGUGUACUUUGCGGCGCUGGGGUGGAGGAUACGCACCGGCCAGGUGUCCCGCGCCAUGCUGUCGGUGGACAAGCGCCCCUUGGCGCUGGUGGGCGGCUGCGAGGCGGCUGCUCAGCUGCUGUUCAUGGCUGGCGCGGCUCAGCUGCCGGGGCAGCUGCUGCCGGUGCUCAACCAGAGCUACCUGGUGUGGAGCCUAGCGUUCGCGCGGCUCAUACUGGGAACACGCUACACUCGGGUGCAGCUGGCGGGUGCAGCGCUGGUGGUGGCGGGGGUCACCACCGCAGCAGUGCCGCCGGCAGCAGUGCGGGAGCUGCUGCUGGGUCUGGUGGGGGGAGCAGCGGGGACAGGGGCAGCAGCAGCGGGGACAGGGGCAGCGGGAGCAGCAGCAAGCACUGCAGCAGCAGCGGCAGCAGCCGCCUCCUCCUCACCGGUGGAGCUGCGCUACGUGGCGAUGUGUGUGGCGUGUUUCGCAUUCCCCGCCAUCGCCAACUGUGUUAAGGAGAGAGUGUUCAGCUCCGCCGCUGCUUCCCUGGGCCGCCCGCUCGACAUAUUCGUGGUCAACUCCUUCGGCUCCCUGGCGCAGACCGCCUGCGUGCUGCUGCUGCUGCCCGCCACAGCGGCAGCCAAGGGAAUACCGCUGCAGCAGCUGCCCGGCCAGCUGGCGGCGUCCGUGAGGGCGUUCCUUGGGGAGUGCUGCGCGCAGGGGGCGGGCAGGGAGGCAGCAGCGGGUGCUGUGGGUGCUGUGGGUAUGGGUACGGCAGCAGCUGCAGCGGCUAACGGAGGUAGUGGGGCAGCAACAGCUGUAGCAGCAGGAGGAGCAGCAGCGGCAGGAGGAGGAGGGGUGUGGUUGCCGCACAUGCCGUACACGGUGCCCCUGCUGGCGUUGUCGUACGUUGUGAUGAACCUGGCGUUCAACAUAUCCAUGCUGACGCUGCUGAGGAGUGUUGGCUCCGUCACCACCACCCUGGUCGGCUCCUCGCUGGUGCCCCUCACCAUCGCCGCAUUCACACUGCCGCUGCCCUACCUGGAGCCUGCCGUACUGGGUCCCAACUUCUUGGUGGGUGUGGCGCUGCUGAUGUCGGGCCUGGUGGCCUACAACUGGGCUAGCUGGCGGGCCAUCAUGCGAAGGAGCAGGUGGGGGCGAGCAGCGAGGGCGGCAGCUGCAGGAGGCGGGGGA